GGAAGCCAUCGCGCGUAAGUCGCGGGGAGUGAUGACGGUGUGCGACGCGCAGACACCUUUUCAGACCCUCUAGGGACGUUACACGAUCGCCACGACAAGUGUUUAACACUUUCGUGUCGUCCGUCUCCUGCGGCUACAACUCAUAAGUAGCACCGCCUUAAAUCAUUGAAUACAUGAAAAUAUGCGACAGCAGCACACUCACAACCAGUUUUGGAACUAGCGCAGUUAUCUAUUAAAUAAACAUAACCCAUAUUACUUAUGAAUUCGGCCGACUUUGAUGCAAACCGGCCCCUGAAAUAAUUAUGACAAAAAUUCAAUAACUUACCUUCAUAAUUGCUUAUCAUGUUGAAAAUUGGAAUUUUUGCAGCUUUGAGUCUGCUUUCGGUUGUGUCCGCAGAAUUUGCAUCACAGCAAUUCAAUGAGUUUGCAAACAGAUCAAAGGGCCACACAAACAAUUGGGCAGUUUUGGUGGAUACCUCUCGUUUUUGGUUCAAUUAUAGACAUGUAGCCAAUGUUUUGUCAAUCUAUAGAAGUGUAAAAAGAUUGGGUAUUCCAGACAGUCAAAUUAUUCUCAUGAUUGCUGAUGAUAUGGCAUGCAAUCCAAGGAAUCCCAGGCCUGCAACUGUUUUCAACAAUGCUAAUCAACACAUUAAUGUAUAUGGAGAUGAUGUUGAAGUGGAUUACAGAGGAUAUGAGGUUACAGUGGAAAAUUUUGUAAGACUGCUCACAGGUAGACUAUUACCAAGCACACCAAGAUCCAAACAGCUCUUAACUGAUGAGGGAAGCAACAUUCUAAUUUACUUGACUGGACAUGGUGGUGAUGGUUUCUUAAAAUUUCAAGAUUCUGAAGAAAUCACCAGCCAGGAAAUGGCGGAUGCAUUGGAACAAAUGUGGCAGAAGCAAAGAUAUCAUGAGAUAUUCUUCAUGAUUGACACUUGUCAAGCUGCUUCAAUGUAUGAGAGAUUUUACUCGCCGAAUAUUCUUGCAGUUGGGAGUAGUUUGGUUGGUGAAGAUUCCCUUUCUCAUCAUGUUGAUCCGGCGAUAGGUGUAUACAUCAUUGACAGAUAUACGUAUUACGCUUUAGAGUUUUUGGAAAGCGUUAGUCUUGAUUCAACAAAGAGCAUGGGAGAAUUUCUGCAGGUUUGUCCGAAACGAGUAUGUAUUUCUACUGUUGGUGUUAGAAAUGAUUUGUUUCGUCGCAAUCCUUACAAAGUUCCUAUUACGGACUUUUUUGGGUCAGUUAGACCAAUCGAAUUCAUUGAAGAAUUGGUCAAUACUACACUAGUGCCCUAUGAACAAACCAAAAUAGUAGGUAAUGACAUAAGUAAAUUUAAAUAUGUGCCACCAUUGACUUUUACAUGAAUGUAAAACAUUUCUUGGUGAAAUAAAAUGGAUAUAUAAAAAAUA